AUGAUAAACUUUGCAAAUGGCUUGGUGACGUUUUAGGAUUAUAAAGGACAAAAGCUGGCGGAGCAGAUCUUCCAAGGAAUCAUACUUGCCUCAGCGGUGAGUGGCCUGACAAGCAUACCUAUUAAAAUGUACUUUUCAGUAUGUGUUGUUUUUACACUAGGCUUAACCCUAGCCAUUGAUCAUGACUCUCAGUUCCAUAUGGUUAGGGUUCCCACAUGGCCAUAUUUCCCAGCCUGGUCUCAUAGACUAGACGUAACAUAGUAAAUGUAAAUCCGAGACACUCGAAUUAGUGUGAUAUGUUACGUUGGUAUGGUUACACAAGACCGAUGGUUACUUAAGGCAAAAUAACGUGAACAUCUAGCAACCCAAAGGUUGCGAGUUUGAAUUUCAUCACGGACUACUUUAGCAUUUUAACUAAUUAGCAACUUUUCAACUAUACUGAACAAAAAUAUAAAUGCAACGAUUUUACUGAGUUCGUAUAAGGAAAUCCGUCAAUUGAAAUAAAUAAAUUAGGCCCUAAUCCAUGGAUUUCACGACUGGGCCUGGGAGGGCAUAGGCCCACCCACUGCGGAGCCAGGCCCAGCCAAUCAGAAUGAUUUUUUUCCCACAAAAGGGCUUUAUUACAGACAGAAAUAGUCCCCAGUUUCAUCAGCUGUCUGUGUAGCUAGUCUCAGACGAUCCCGCAGGUAAAGAAGCCGGAUAUGGAGGUCCUGGGCUGGCGUGGUUACACGAGGUCUGUGGUUGUGAGGCCGGUUGGACGUACUGCCAAAUUCUCUAAAACAACGUUGGAGGCGGCUUAUGGUAGAGAAAUGAACAUUACAUUCUAUGGCAACAGCUCUGGUGGACAUUCCUGCAGUCAGCAUGCCAAUUGCAUACUCCCUCAAAACUUGAGACAUCUGUGGCAUUGUGUUGUGUGACAAAACUGCACAUUUUAGAGUGGCCUUUUAUUGUCCCCAGCACAAGGUGCACCUUUGUAAUGAUCAUGCUGUUUAAUCAGCUUCUUGAUAUGCCACACCUGUCAGGUGGAUGGAUUAUCUUGGCAAAGGAAAAUACUCACUAACAGGGAUGUAAACAAAUUUGUGCACACAAUUUGAGAGAAGCUUUUUGUGCGUAUGGAACAUUUCUGGGAUCUUUUAUUUCAGUUCAUGAAACAUGGAACCAGCACUUUACAUGUUGUUUAUAUUUUUGUUCAGUAUACUUACUACUUUUUAGCUCCUUUGCAAUUACUUAGCAUGUUAGCUAACCCUAUCCCUUUAACCUAACUCCUAAACUUAACCAUAAAACCAACCCCUAGCCUAGCUAACGUUAGCCACCUAGCUAGAAAUCCGUAACAUUGUACGUUUUGCAAAUUCGUAACAUAAUAUGAAUUGUAAUUCAUAACAUAUCAUACGAAAUGGGUGAUGGAGAUCCAAAAAUUAAUACACACCUUACGAAACAUUACAUAUCAUACUAAAGAGUUCAGAUUUACAUACAGAAUAAUAUGAAAUGCUCUAAGACCAGGUUGCAUUUCCAUGCUACAGUGCUUGUUUAUGGAAGAGACUGAAGACAGUGGACUACCUGUGCUAAUUAGCCAUCUGUGUCUCUGAACACCUGUGUGUAACGGAAGAUGAACGCCACAAACAUGUCACUGAAAAAUACUGUUGGUUGCAACUGUGUUAAAACAGUGUACAGUAAGCAUGUAUUCUGCAUUUUUGAAAUUAUUUGAAAGUAGAGGGAUUUAUGUUUCUAGAACCUACUUGACAAUCAAUUCACGUUUAUAUGUAUUUGGCUGUUUUGGCUUCCAAAGCCAAUCCGUCUUUAAACAGAACAUGUAAUGUCUUGGAAUGGAAGGAGUAACGUUUAGUCCAUUAUUAGGCUAACCCCUUGCAUUACCCUCCAGGUGAUCGGAUUCGCUUAUGGCCUCAUCAUUGAACAGUUUGGGUGGACUGUGUACAUAGUGUUAGGAGGUUUCGCUGUGUCUUGUUUGGUGAGUUAAGAUUCAUUCCAUCCUCCCUGUAUAUGUGUAUUUGACUUUGUUUCAGUUGCACCUGUGCAAAGAGUGCACCCACAGACCCACCUUGACUCAGGUUUAUUCAAAUGUAUACUCUGUAGUCAUUACAUUCCAAUCUGCAAUGUUUGAAACAUCUUACGGGAUCCAAACUAACCCUCUUCUCCUCAACAUCUCUCCCUCAUCCCAUGUCUCCUCCCCUCUCCGCCCUUCUGUCUCAGCUGACCCUGCCCCCCUGGCCCAUGUACAGACAGAACCCCCUCUCCUGGCUUCCAGCCCUACCAGAGAUUACAGGAGAAACCCAGCAAAAGCCUCAGGAGAAUCUGAAGAAGAAGAAGCACAAGUAG